AUGCUAAGGAAAAUGAUUGACUAUACUAAUAAAGUAUGUCUUGCGCCUAUGGUUAGAAGUGGUGAACUUCCGAUACGACUCCUAUCGCUUAAAUAUGGUUGUGAUUUAGUUUGGUCACCAGAAUUGAUUGAUAAAAAAUUGAUCUCAACUACUCGUGUUGAAAAUACCCACUUGGGAACUAUUGACUACAUUGCUAAAAACAACAACCACAAUAGCAAGAAGUCUUCUAAUCACGAGACUGUUGUAUUUCGCAAACACCCUAAUGAAACGGGGAAAUUAAUAUUACAAUUGGGUACAUCUGAUCCUGAUCUAGCUGUCGAAGCAGCAGCAAAAGUGGUUCAGGACGUUGAUGGCAUAGACUUAAACUGCGGUUGCCCUAAAUCGUUCUCUACUCAUUCAGGCAUGGGUGCCGAACUUUUAAAAACUCCCGAUCUCCUAUGUUCAAUCUUGACUAAUUUGGUCACUAAAGUGGGCAAACCAAAUAAUAAGCCAAUCAGCUGUAAAAUUCGAUUAUUGCCCAAUUACGAAGCAUCGCAUUCCCUAGUUAAACAAAUCUGUGAAAGUACCGGUAUUGCAAAUUUAACCAUUCAUUGCCGGACCCCUAUUAUGAGAAAUCGACAAGAUCCAAUUUGGAAUUAUUUACCAAAAUUAAUUCCAUUAAUACAAUCAUAUGGAAUUAGUGUGGUUCUUAAUGGGAAUUUCCAAUCGCGAUUGGAUUUAACCACAGUUCAACAAGCUUUACAUAAUGACAAGUUGAGUAUCAUGAUUGCCGAAGCCGCCGAGUCUAACCCAUCAGUAUUUGUCCCAUUUGGUGGCAAUCAAUCAGCGCAAUCGCAAAACCAAUUGAUUAAUGAAAUAUAUGCAAUCGGAUUGAAAUAUCAUUUGUACUCAGGUACAAAAUUCAUGAUUAUGAAUCUCAUCCCCGGUAAAUCGAAAUAUUAUCAAAAAUUCUCACAACUGAAGAAUUUCGAACAAAUGAAGAGUAUACUCGAAGAAUUAAAUAAUGAUGCCGAUAAAUCAGACAAGAUUUUUCAAAUUAUGAAUAAAAAUUGCCAAAAACUGGUAUUUUGGCAAGACGCCAAGGCAUUUGAACAGCAAAUAACUGGCCCAAGACGCGAUGAAGUAUUGCAGUUUUUCAACCAAUGGGAAGAAAGUGAAAUGUUGAAGGAUUUGAAUGAUUCGCCAACAAAGAGAACGAUGGAUAUACCAAAACAUAAAGUCAAGCGACAAAAGAAACAACAAAAUGAUAAAGGACAAAGUGAAGAAAACGGAAGGCAGCUUGAACAAGCGGAUGCAAAGCUUGAAGCUCAAGCUAUAGCUAGUAAUAGAGUCAAUGAACAAAAAGUACAGCUUGUGUAA